AUACACCAAAUUGACCUAGACCGAUCUAUUCUAUUGUCAUGGAAUAACCGUAUCCUAUUUCAUUUUAAUAGUCAGGCGAUAUUUACAUGUAAAUGUACAUGCAUAUAAAAGCAAUUAGAAAUGUUUCAUCCAUUGAAAGUAACAACGCCAUCAUGGGUUCAUUUCGGAGCAUGUUCUUUAUUUUUGGCUUGGUCGAUUAUUUUGUAAUAGGGAUUGCUGUUGAGCCUCAUUCCACUAUCAAGGGCAACGUGGAAUCUCUGCUUGAGUUGACCCAAUGGACCUGGAAACACAUUAACACAUCACUCAAAGUGGAUUCCCCCGUCACUGUGGAUGUGUCCCUAACUUCUCACUACAGACUGACCGGAAAAGACCUCAACAAGUUUCUCAAGCUACAAAAGCAAAGAGAUUGUGCAUCCAUUCUAAAAGCAAUACCCAACACAAAAGGAAGAGAUGGUGUAUACACGAUAUACCCGGAUAUGAAGACCAAAAAGUUGGUGUACUGUGACAUGACCACAGACGGCGGAGGGUGGACUGUAAUUCAAAGACGUAUGGAUGGGUCUGUAAAUUUUUAUCGAUCUUGGCAGACCUACAAGGACGGAUUUGGAAAACCACAAGGAGAACAUUGGCUAGGAAAUGAAGAUAUUCACUUGCUCACAUCAAAAACUAAGCAAGAGUUACGAGUUGACCUACAAAAGUUUUCGGGUGAAAAGGCUUACGCCAAAUAUUCCAGGUUUACUGUGGGACGUGAGUCUGAAAAAUACAAGUUAUCUGUUGGGGGAUACAGCGGAACGGCGGGUGAUAGUCUCGCAUAUCAUAACGGUAUGAAGUUUUCUACAAGAGACCAAGACAAUGACACAUGGAAGAAACAAGCGUGUAGCGUGGAACGUCAAGGAGGAUGGUGGUUUAAGUCAUGCAUCGAUGCUCAUGUUAAUGAACCUUAUCUAAAAUCGGCUAAAAUCACUGCAAUUAGUAUGCAUUGGUACAAAUUUGGAAAUGAAGUCCGUGCUUUAAAGAGAGCAUCAAUGAUGAUCAGACCAACAAGUUUAUUUUGGAACAUGUUCUUUAUUUUUGGCUUGGUCGAUUUAUUUGUUAUAGGGAUUGCUGUAGAACCUCAUUCCACUAUCAAGGGCAACGUGGAAUCUCUGCUUGAGUUGAUCCCAUGGACCUGGAAACACCUGAACACGUCCCUCAAAGUGGAUUCCCCCGUCACUGUGGAUGUGUCCCUCACCUCUCACUACAGACUGACCGGGAAACACCUCAACAAGUUACUUAGACUACAAAAACAAAGGGACUGUGCAUCCAUUCUAAAAACAAUACCCAAUACAAGAAGAAGAGACGGUGUGUACACGAUAUACCCGGAUAUGAAGACCAAGAAGUUGGUGUACUGUGACAUGACCACGGACGGCAGGGGGUGGACCGUAAUUCAAAGACGAAUGGAUGGUUCUGAAGAUUUUUAUCGGUCUUGGCAGACCUACAAAGCCGGAUUUGGAAAACCACAAGGAGAAUAUUGGCUAGGAAAUGAAGAUAUUCACUUGCUCACAACAAAAACUAGCCAAGAGUUACGUGUGGACUUAAAAAAGUUUUCAGGUGAGAAGGCCUACGCCAAGUAUUCCACAUUUACCGUUGGAAGUGAGUCUCAGAAAUACAUGUUAACCGUCGGGGGAUACAGCGGAACGGCGGGCAACGUGGAAUCUCUGCUCGAGUUGACCGCAUGGACCUGGAAACACCUGAACACGUCCCUUAAAGUGGAUUCCCCCGUCACUGUGGAUGUAUCCCUCACCUCUCACUAUAGACUGACCGGGAAACACCUCAACAAGUUACUCAGACUACAAAAACAAAGGGACUGUGCAUCCAUUCUAAAAACAAUACCCAACACAAAAGGAAGAGACGGUGUGUACACGAUAUACCCGGAUAUGAAGACCAGGAAGUUGGUGUACUGUGACAUGACCGCGGACGGCGGAGGGUGGACCGUAAUUCAAAGACGAAUGGAUGGUUCUGAAGAUUUUAAUCGCUCUUGGCAGACCUACAAAGCCGGAUUUGGAAAACCACAAGGAGAAUAUUGGCUAGGAAAUGAAGAUAUUCACUUGCUCACAACAAGAACUAGCCAAGAGUUACGUGUAAACUUACAAAAGUUUUCAGGUGAGAAGGCCUACGCCAAGUAUUUUACGUUUACCGUUGAAAGCGAGUCUCAGAAAUACAUAUUAACCGUCGGGGGAUACAGUGGAACAGCGGGCAAGUACAAAAGAUAUCAGAUAAUAAAAGCUCUCCAUUGAUUUUACAAAUAAAAUCAAAAUAAAGAAGAUUAGUAUAUUCCAGGGGAUAGUCUUGCACAUCAGAAUGGGAUGAAGUUUUCUACCAAAGAUCAAGACAAUGACAAAGGGAAUAAACAACACUGUGGCGUGAAUUUCCAAGGAGGAUGGUGGUUCGAAGAUUGCGAACUAGCUUAUCUAAACGGACCUUAUCUAAACUCAGCUAAAAUCACUUCGAUUAGUAUCAACUGGUACGCAUUCGGAAAUGAACACCGUGCUUUAAGGAGGGCAUCAAUGAUGAUCAGAUCCAAGAAUUGACUUUGUUGUGAAAGUAUUCAUUAAAACAAAAAUUGCCUGUCUUGGCAUUUGUCUUUUUAUUUGCAAUAACAGAUCAAAGUAGUUCUCUCAAAAUAUUCUCUGUCUUAUCAUGGACGAAAUAUUUUCAGAGGUUGUUAAACCCCAAUUGAUAAACAAUUAAGAAAGGAAGUCCUUUUCUUCAAAACAUGUGCUUCGUUUUUAC